AUGUCUACUUCAUCUGAUUCAGAUAAUCCUGAAACUACUCCUGCUCCUUUGUCCAUAGCUGAGAGAAUAAAAAUUCUUAAAGAUAAAGGACUUAGUGAAACCCCUAAAAAAAAUAAUGUAAAUAGUAAAAAAACAAAGUUUAACAUUGUAGCUCCUUCUUUGCAAGCAUCUACUACUCAGAAUUUAGGGUUGUCAACUUUACCAACAUCUAACUUUACUUCAACGCAUCAAACUUCAUUACCUAAUACGUUAAUUGCUCCCGAUAAUCCUAAUCAAUUAUUAACUUUUGCUCAAAGAAAUUCGUCCCUGUUGGAAAAUUUACCUAUUACUGAUAGAAUAGAUGCUAGUACAUUGCAUGAUCUAUUAAAUGAGACCAAUAACCCUCCUAAUAUAUUGUUGCUAGAUAUUAGAUUAAGAAGUAUAUUUGAAAUGGGUCAUAUAAAAACCAAAAAUAUUGUAUGUUUGGAACCAUACCUUUUAGAGAAUGGGAUAUCUUCGGUAACACUUGAAUCAAACUUAAAAACUUAUCCUGAGCAUGAGCAGAAACUUUUUGCCGAACGACACACUUUUGAUUUAGUUGUAUAUUAUGGUCACGAUUCUGAAAUAAUGACUAAAAAUUCUUCCACUAAUUUAGUUCAAGCAAUUUUUGAAAAUGAAUUUCAGAAACCAUUAAAAAGAUAUCCUGUAUUCUUGGUUGGAGGUUUUGUUGCAUGGGAACAAUCAAUAGGCGAAGCUGGUGUUGAACGCAAUGUUUAUAACAACAACUCUCAAAUAAAUCGAUCUGCUAUUUACAAUAAUGCUGAGAUGGCUAACUUCAUUACGCAUAAUACGAAUUAUAAUUCAACACAAAAUGAUUAUGUUAAAGAAAUUUCUGGGAUAAAAUCUUCCAGGCCGCUUUCUCGAAAUCGUGAUCGUGUUAAAAGAAAUGGGAAAAUUCUUACUAUUAAUCCCAAUCGUGCAUCUGUUAUACUAUCCACUUUAGAUUUUGUAAUUAUCUUAAUUUAUCAGCAACCGAGUGAUUCAUCAAUGCAGUUUACAGCGGUAACCAGUCCAAUAGACAGCAGUACAUCAUCCGAUGAUUUAACAGAUAAUAUAUUAAUGUCGAAACCAAAAGUGGCUGCUCCAAAUAAACCACUUCCAAGACCAAUUGCUAAUUUGUCUAAUGAUUCUUCUGUUAGUCAAUCUGGUAGUCGUUUACAACGUCGUAGAACCAUAUUUGAUCAUCCAUAUCAUGGAUUUAGUGAAGUAAAAAACCCUGAUUAUCAUUCAGUAAAAAAACGGCCUCCCCCUCCCCCUCCGAAAAAACCUUUACCGCAGAUACCUUUGGUACCACAAACUUUACAAUCUGUUACUCCUAAAAUGAGUGUGAAACGUCCUGAAUAUUCCCAUGCUUCUGAGAGUAGCUUUUCUCAAUUGGGUUCCGGUAUUGGUACUACUGGAUUAAGGAAUCUAGGCAAUACUUGUUUUAUGAAUUCUAUUCUUCAAUGUUUAAGUGGCACUUUACCAUUUGCAAGGUACUUUUUGGAUGGUAGUUACAAAAGACAUAUAAAUAGAGAUAACCCUUUAGGUACUAAAGGUGAACUAGCUGAUAAAUUCGCUACUUUAAUAAGAGUAAUGUGGGAUGAUCAAUAUGUAUCUAUUUCUCCUGUAACUUUUAAAGAAGCCAUUGGAUGUUUUGCUCCUCAAUUCUCUGGAUCCGAACAACAAGAUUCUCAAGAAUUUUUGGCUUAUUUAUUAGAUGGUUUGCAUGAAGAUUUAAAUAUAAAUUAUCACAAUUCUCAAAUUAAUUAUCAAAAUGAUCAAAUUAAUUAUCAAAAUGAUCAAAAUGAUGAUGAUAACUUGCCACUAAAUUUAGCUUCUGAAUUAGCUUGGGAAAAACAUUUAAUGCGUAAUUCUUCCAUUGUUGUCAGUUUAUUUCAAGGUCAAUUUUGUAAUCGAUUAAUGUGUAUGACUUGUGGAAAGACUUCUACUUCCUUUGACGUAUUUAUGUACCUUUCAUUACCUUUACCUACCAAUAUUAAAAAUAAUACUCGUAUAGAUUUAGAAAUGUGUCUUAAAAAUUUUAUAAAAGAAGAAAUAUUAGAUGGAAAUGAUGCUUGGAAUUGCCCUAGAUGUAAUUGUCCUAGACGUGCUACAAAACAACUUUCAAUUUCAAGAUUACCUGAUAUUUUAUUAAUUCAUCUUAAAAGAUUUUCUUUUUAUGGUCCUUUUAGAGAUAAACUUGAAACAAUGGUAAAUUUUCCAAUUAGACGUUUAGAUUUAACUCCAUUUAUACCAUAUCAAUCUAAUGAUAGAGGUUCACGUCCUUCUGAUUUAAAUCAAAUGGGUCCUUUUAUUUAUGAUUUAUAUGCUAUUUCAAAUCAUUAUGGUGGUUUAAAUGGUGGUCAUUAUACUGCUUGCGUACGGAAUGGUUAUAGAAAUGAAUGGCAUAAUUUUGAUGAUAGUCGUGCAUCUAUAUGUGAAGAACAAGAUAUUUGA